GAGACUAUUAGAAUUUAUUAUUUUGAUCAUCAAUUAGUCAUUAAUAUUUAAAAAUAUAGGUUAAAGUAGAUUGUGUCCUUAUAAAUUUUUGGUAGAUAUCUCAUGUAUUUUAAUUUAAUUUCCUCCAUUAGUUGGCCUUCAUAGUUUGUUUCCAUGUUUUUUUACAGGAUGGAGAUACAUUGGUAGAAAACCCAGAAGAAUGGGAAACCUUAUGUGUAAACCGUUAGAGAAAGCUGUUGACUUACUCCUGGAAGCGAGUAUUCGACAAAUUGAUUAUAUUAUCAAUUACGAAGAUUAUGUUGAGGGUCUAAAAGAACUCGACGGGAAACUUGAGCAGAAUGAGCUAACAGUGAAGCAACUAGUUGAUGCUGCAGAAAACAAUGCAGAAGAAAUCACACCUACUACUCAAGAUUGGCGUAACAGGGUGGCGGCAAAGAGAGAAGAAAGUAAGGAGUUUCGCGAUGACAGAACCCUCAGGUCCAAGACAAGUUGCUUUGGCGGGGGAUGCUCUAGCGGGGCUCUCCCUUUUUUGUGGCACAGGCGUCAACUUGGCAGGAAAGCAAAGAUAUUGGCACCGGCAAUCAAAGAGCUGAAUGAUGAAACCCCUGACAGUGCAAAUAUUUCUUAUCGACAAGCUCCCACGUUUGAGGAUAGGAAUCCAUCUGGUGAUGACUACCUCAAAUUUGAAUCAAGGAAAGGUAUGAUUGAGAAGGUCAUGGAGCAGUUAAAAGAUUCAACGGUGAGAAUUGUUGGACUACAUGGACCUAGUGGAGUGGGCAAGACCUCUCUGGUCCAACAAAUUGCAAAGCAAGCCAAGGGCAGGUUCGACAAGGUGGCCAUGGCAACUGUGAAAAAAGAUCCAGACAUUCAAAAGGUUCAACAAGAUAUUGCCGACCAUUUAGGAUUAACUUUUGGAGAUGAAGGUCAGAAGGGGAGAGCAGCACUUUUGAGAAAGAGGCUGAAAAAGGAGAAUACCCUUGUGAUCCUGGAUGACCUUUGGGAUGAAUUGGACUUGAAUGAGAUUGGGAUUCCAUUUGAUAAUGAUGAUGUUUCAAGCCACAUGAUGCGCCAAGAAAGAACGGAGGGGGAAGAGCAAACGACAACCAGGGGGUGUAAAAUUUUCAUCACUUCAAGAUAUAAAGAGGUGUUGCGCAAUAAAAUGAAUGUUAAAGAAAAAUCAGUUGUUCUUGUCCCCGAGUUAGACAUUGAAGAAACUUUGACAUUAUUCAAGAAGGUGGUUGGAUUGUCAAAUGAAAAUCCCAAGUUCAAGCCAGAAACUCUUCACAAGUACUGUGCAGGAUUACCAAUGGCAGUUAUUCUAGUCGGAAAGUCGUUACAGAACAAGAGCGAGUCAGAGUGGGAAGGCGAACUAGAAAGACUCAAAAACCAACAAGAAUCAAAUGAAGUGCAAAAGUACAUGGAGAAACAUGUAAUGAUGGGCUAUGAUCUUCUAGCAAGUGAGGAGCUCAAGUCCACUUUCCUAAUGUGUGCUCAAAUGGGUCAUCCAUCAUUAAUUGCUGACUUGGUGAAGUACUGCUAUGGUUUGGGCACACUUAAAGAUGUCCAUACACUGAGGGAUGCCCACAAGACCAUAUCUGAGUCAAUCCAGAAGCUAAAAGAUUUAGGCUUGUUGGAUAGUACUUCCAACGACAGUUUCAAUAUGCAUGAUAUAAUUCGAGAUGCUGCUCUGUCAAUGGCGUGCAAGAAUCAGAAUGUAUUUAUCCUGAGAAAUAAAACGUUGGAUGUCUGGCCUCACAAGAAAGAACUUGAGAGCUGCACUGGAAUUCAUCUAUACAAGAGUCAAAUCGUGGUUGAACUCCCAGAAGUCUUGAACUCUCCUCAACUCAAAUUCUUCCAUAUUGAUACUGAUGAUUCAAGUUUGGAAAUACCAGACAGGUUUUUUGAAAAAAUGGAAGAACUCAGAGUACUAGUAUUAUCUGGGAUUCAUCUACCAAGUCUACCGUCUUCAAUUAAAUGCUUAUCGAACCUCAGAAUGCUUUGUUUGGAGAACUGCACUCUAGGUAACUUGUCGAUUAUAAAUAAAUUGAAAAAUUUAAGAAUUCUUAGCCUUUCAGGAUCUAGAAUUGAAGAUUGGCCAACAGAGUUAGAAGGCUUAUGCAGAUUACAGUUGCUAGACAUUAGCGAUUGUUCAAUAAGCAGAUUGACUCGACCUCUUUCUUUAUCGAGUUUCACUAGUUUGGAGGAACUGCAUAUAAGAAACAGCUUGACAAAAAUGGAGGUGGAGGAAGAAGUAAAUCGUAGUCAAACUUCAGUUCUUUCCGAACUGAAACAUUUGCAUCAAUUGAAUUCUAUAGAUGUUUGCAUCCCUAGUGCUGAAGUUUUACCAGCAGACUUGUUCUUUCACGAGUUGAAUGACUACAAGAUUGUGAUUGGAGACUUUGAGACAAUUUCAAUUGAGGAUUUUAAGAUACCCAAUAAAUAUGAAGCUUCAAGGUCUUUGGCAUUGCAGCUAGAGCGUGGCAUGGAUAUUCACUCCCUAAAAGGAGUCAAAUUGCUAUUCAAAGGAGUGGUGAAUUUGCUGUUGGGAGAACUACAUGGAGUUCAAAAUGCAUUUUAUGAACUAAAUCUCAAUGGAUUUCCAGAUCUGAAGCACUUGUCAAUCGCAAAUAACAAGGGCAUUGAGUAUAUUGUGAACUCAAUGGAGCUGUCACAACCCCAGGAUGCUUUUCCUAGUUUAGAGUUCCUCAGCCUGUUCAACCUAAAGAACAUAAAGAACAUAUGUUGCAGUCCUAUUACAAAUUCCUCAUUCUCUAGACUAAAGACAAUCAAAGUGCAAAUGUGCCCCCAAUUGAAGAACAUAUUCUUCUUUUACAUUGUUAAAUUUCUUACUAGUCUGGAAACAAUUUAUGUCUCUGACUGCGAUUCUCUACAAGCAGUUGUUGGGGAGGAAGGAGAAGGAUCCACCAAAGUUGUGCUUUAUAAGUUAUGCUCUUUGACGUUACAGAAGUUACCAUCAUUUGUCAGUUUUUGCGAGAUCGAUGACAGGGAAAUCCUCCCAGCAGAAGAUGAGAAGAGUCUCUUUGAAGAAAAUGUAGAAAUUCCAAAGUUAGAGAUCUUGAAGUUGUUCUCAAUCAAGAUCCAUCGGAUAUGGAACAAUUGGCCUUCAAAUGAUUGGUUUCAAAACUUAAUAAAACUAACUUUGGACGACUGUUGUAACUUGACAUAUUUAUGCUCAUUGUCUGUGGCUCGUUGUCUGAAUAAACUAAAAAGCAUCUCCAUAGGUAGUUGUCCACUGAUGGAGAAGUUAUUCAUCAUCGGAGGAAAUAAGAAUGAGUGUUCAAAGGUUUGUAUCUUUCCUAAGUUGGAGGAAAUCGAAUUGUUUUCAAUGGAGAUGUUACAGAAAAUAUGGCCAGGUGAAGACGAAGUCAGUGCAGAUUCAUUUCCUAGUCUCGUUUCUGUCAAGAUUAACUAUUGCAAUAAGCUUGACAAGGUUUUUCCUGAUCACACGAAAUGCUGGUAUUUGCAUUUAAAAAGCUUAAAGGUUUAUUGGUGUAAGUCGGUGGAAUUCAUUUUCGAAAGUAGACAUCCUCCGCAACAAAAUGACACAAAAUCUGCAUUAUUGGAGCUCAUUGAUUUGCGUUAUCUCCCAUAUCUAAAGCAAGUGUGGAGUGUAGAUCCAAAAGGAGUGGUUAACUUCACAAAUUUGCAGAGCAUAAAGAUUUCUGAUUGUAACACAUUGAGAAAUGUGUUGCCAGCUUCUAUAGCCAAGGAUCUUGGAAAACUAGAAAGUUUUUCGAUAACCUCAAGUCAUGAAUUGGAGGAAAUCAUUGCUUGGGAUACAGUAUCAGAAACAAGCAAUGAACCACCAUUGAUGUUUCCUGAAGUAGUCUCCUUGUCAUUUAGUGACUUACCAAGCAUCCGAUGUUUGUACAAAGGGAGACAUAUUGUAGAGUGUCCAAAAUUGAAGCAACUCACAAUGUCUGGGUGUCCAAAUCUGGAAAUAUUCAAAACAGAAAGUGCCAAUGAAGAAGGAAAAGCAUUCUUAUCGGCUGAAAAGGUAAUUUUCAAGUUGGAGCAUCUUCAUAUCGACUCAAGAAACGUGCGGUGGUUAGUAAGCAAUAGAGGCAAGUACUGCUUGAACUCUUUGACACACCUUUACUUGGAGGAAUGGCCGAGCAUUGAUGAGACUUUAUACUGCUUCCUCCACACCAUUCCUAAUCUUCAAAUUUUGGAAUUGAGUAUUUCUUGGGGGAUUCGAGAGUUCGUGCCAAGUGGAAACACUGGUCCUCAGCAAAGGUUGGGAACAGUAUUACUGCUUAAGGAAUUGAUUUUGGAAAGUCUAGAUAUGGAGGAUAUUGGAUUUGAAAGAGAUCCUGCUCUUCAGAGAUCACUGCACCGCUUGGUCUUAAUGGGUUGUCAAAGAUUGAGGAGGUUGGCACAUUCCUCGGUGUCCUUCACUCACUUGACAUACUUGAAAGUAUCUGGUUGUGGUGAAUUGAAAACUCUAAUGACAUGCUCAACAGCAAAGAGCUUGGUUCAACUCACUACCUUGAAGGUAGACUAUUGUCGUCAAUUAAAUGAAAUAGUUACCAAGGAUGAGCAGGGAAAUGACGAGGACAUUAAAAUUGUCUUUGCCAAGUUGAUAACUAUACAACUUGAACAACUCAGCAACCUUACAAGUUUCUGUAGCAACGCAAAUUGUGAGUUUUCGGUGCCGUUGUUGGAAAAAUUGAUUCUGACAGAAUGUCCCAAGAUGAAAACGUUCACUGCAAAGCGCAUAAGAGCACCCAGGCUACAAUGUGUACUUGCCAGUGAACGUUAUCAUGAGGAAGGAAAAGGAUAUUGGGAAGGUGACUUGAAUGCCACCAUUCAAAUGGUGUUUGCAGAUAAGGUUCAUUUGGAGCUUUCCAAUCACCCGGAGUUAAAACAAGUAUGGUGUGACAAAACCAUGGUGCAAGUGAACAGGUUUCAGAAUGUAAAAUCUUUGGUUGUGAAGAGAUGUGGUUAUCUUGUGCAUGUAAUUCCAUCUCAUUUGCUUCAUUGCUUUAAGAAUUUGGAAGAUCUGCAAGUAUCCGAUUGCAAUGGAGUGCAAGUCAUCUUUAAUAUGGAUGACAUUAGCAAUAAGCAAGUGACAAAAGCAAUGGGAAUGUCUGGUUUGAAAAAAUUGUCAUUAGAGAAUCUACCAAGUUUGAAACAUGUAUGGGAUACAGAUCCCAAAGGAACUUUUCACCUUCAAGCUCUGAAAGAUUUCAGCAUUGAUAGAUGUGAUAGUCUUGAAUAUGUGUUUCCUUCAUCUAUAACUAAAGGUCUUGCCAUGAACAAUCUUUCAAUACAAAACUGUGAGCAGUUGGUAAAAAUCUUUUCAGAGGAUAAAACAACCUCAGAAUUAGAAGACACCAUAUCGAUUGUGUUUGGUUCUCUGACUUCCCUGUGCCUAAGAGGAGUGCCACUGCUCAAAUACUUUUAUCCGGGACUACACAAGCUUCAAUUUCAAAAGCUAAAAAUAUUAUAUAUACAAGCUUGUAAAUGGAUGAUAUUCAAUUGUGAAGAGUCAGAGGCUUACAUAGACCAGCAAGUUAUAGUUCCACCACUUGAACAGGUUAAUCUCCUAUUUCAGAGCUUGGAGAAAUUAUCAUUUGAUAUAAGAGGCUUCAAGUUGACUUGGGAAGUAAAGUCUCAAAAACUUGAAUUUGAAGAGUCAGAAGAAAGGGUUGAAGAAGUGCUAUUUGAGGAAAAACCUAAGGCUGAUUACGUUGAAUUCCUAUCGCAUCUCGCUCUCAAAGGGUUAAGCAUAUCUUCUCUUUUGAGACUCAAAUCCAUUGGUUUGGAUCACUCUUGGAUACACCCCAUCCUUGAUAAUAUCCAAACAUUGGAAGUGAAGAUAUGUUUUGAUAUAAAGAACUACUUAGUAGCAAGCAAGGUGUCUUUCUCUAGUCUGACGAAAUUGAUUGUAAAUUAUUGCAAUGGUUUGUUGUAUCUGUUCACAUCAUCAACAGCAAAAAGUUUGAGUCAACUCAAGCAUAUGGAGAUAAGAAAUUGUAGAUCAAUGCGAGAGAUAGUAUGCAAAGAGGAUGAUGAAUCUAAUGAGAACAUAAUAUUUGAGCAGCUUCAGGUUUUGCAUCUUGAAGAGCUGCCAAUGCUGAGAUGGUUUUACUCAGGCAAACGUACUUUGUGUUUUCCAUCAUUGCAACACUUAUCCAUGUUUGGCAAACUCUCGACAAUGGCAACAUUCUGUCCCCACAUCCAGAUAGAUCUAGAUUCAGUCAAGUUGAGCUCAGGACGAAGCUACUGGGAUCCAUAUGAAGUCCAAUGGGAAGAUGAUGUUGAUACCACUAUUCGCAAAAUGAAUAACAAAGAAAUUGGUCUCAGAGAAAGCCUAUAUUUUCAAGAGAUGUGGCGUGGCUCAUUGCCAGUCCGUGAAGCAUGCUUCGGUAAUUUGGAGUCCUUGAUUGUGCAUCAAUGUGAAUUUUUAUCCGAAGUAAUACCUCUUCAUUUACUUCCCUUUUUAAAUAACAUGCGAAAAUUGGAAGUUCAAAAUUGUAGUUCUGUAAAAACUAUAUUUGAUGUGAAAUGCAUAACAAAAGACAAGACAUUCCCGCCAAUUAAAUUUUCGCUGAAGGAGUUGGUAUUAGAAAAGCUGCCGAAUUUGGAUAGCAUUUGGAAUGAAGAUCCUGAUGGGAUACUCGACUUUCAACUUAUACAACAAGUGCGUGUUGAUACAUGUAAAAGCCUUACAAGCUUGUUCCCAAAAUCAGUAGGCAAGGAUCUUGUCAAUCUUGAAAAUCUAGAGUUGAAACAUUGUGAGAACUUGGUGGAAAUCAUUGCAGGAAUUGAAGCAACACCAGAAGGAGCAAUUUCAGAGUUUAUUAAGUUCCCUUGUUUGACUUCAUUGACACUGUUGGAUUUGCCAAGCUUCAAUUGUUUUUACUGUUCAUUGCAUUGUGUCUUGUUGAGGUCACUGAAUGGCCAUGAUCCACAAAUUGAGGACCAAGUCAAAGAGGUUACUCCUAAGUUGAUCAACUUGUCUUUUGGUGAAAAAGAAGCGAAGAUGAUUGGACAUGAAGAAUGUGAGGAAAGCCACUUCUGCAACAUAAAUGUUCCUGACAUGCAGAGCUUUGAUAUUAAGCUUGUGUGUGAUGAACUUCCAUACGCAUUUCUUCAAAAGGUGUCAUGUAUAGAGAGUCUCGAAGUGAGUAAUAGUUCCAUAAAGGAGAUAUUCUGCCCGGAAAGAUCUAAUUUGAAUUAUGCUCAAUUCCUAUCACAGCUGAAGAAAUUGGAGUUGGAUUCUCUUUCUGAACUAAUUUCUAUAGGGUUUGAACACUAUUGGAUACGAGAAUCAUCCAUCCUCAAAACUCUCACACAUUUGACUGUAUCUAAAUGUGAUAGUUUGAUAUAUUUGUUCACAUCUACAACAGCAAAAAGUUUAACUCAACUCAAAGAGAUGGAGAUAUCUAAUUGUGAAUCUAUCCAAGAGAUUGUGUCUAAUGAAGGAGAAGAAUCAAUUCAUGAUGAGAUAGUUUUUGAACAGCUACAAAAACUACAAUUUUAUCGUUCGAAAAACCUUAGAAGAUUUUAUAAUGGAGGUUUUACCUUAAGCUUGCCAUCAUUGGAGGAAUUGAAAGUAAUUGAGUGCAAAAGGAUGGAAACUUUCUGUGAAGGUACUAUCAAUACGGAAAAGUUGUCAGCAGUCUCUUUUAAAUUUGGAGAUACAACCCCAUUGGAAGUUGACCUCAAUUCUGCCUUUCGUAACACUUACAAGACAGAGGUUGCAAAAUUUGUAAGGGAAGUUAAGGAUUUGGAGCUCAAGGAACACCCCUGGAUACAUGAAAUAUGGAAUGAUCCAUCUAGAGUCCCAUCUCUGUGCUUCAUCAGAUUGAAGAUUUUGAUCGUGGAAAAAUGUGAAUUCACAUCUAUUGUAAUACCUUCUCAUAUACUCGGUCUGCUAUGCAAAUUAGAAGAGUUGGUAGUGCGACAAUGUGAUUCCGUAAAAACAAUAUUUGAAGUGACAAAUGAAGCAAAAGACACAAAGGUCCUCUCCUUGAAGAAAUUGACUGUUGAGGACUUGCCAAAUCUUGAACAUGUUUGGGAUUCUAAUCCUAUACAGCAAGUUAGUUGCUUUCAGAGCUUUCAAGAAGUGUACGUUCAUAGAUGCAACAGCCUUCAAAGGUUGUUUCCAACCUCUGUAGCCGAAAAUCUAGAUAAACUUGAGAAACUGGAAGUAACAGAGUGUGACAGAUUGGUGGAAAUUGUUGCAAAGGAUAAAGCAGCUGUUGAAGGUGCUCCUAAAGAGUUUGCAUUCCAAAGCUUGACCUCCAUAAAACUAUGGUCUUUGCCAGAAUUGAAAUGUUUUUAUCCUUCACCGCACAAGCUAGAAUGUCCCAAGCUAGAGGAAGUGCACUUAUUCCACUGUGACCAGUUGAAAUACCAGUCUCAGAGAUUUCAACGUUCACAAGCAGAGAAUCAAGCCAUUUUCUUUCCAAAAAAGGUAAUUCCAAACUUAAAUUUUCUAGCACUGAGCAAGGAGGAGAUCAUGAUGAUGUGGCAUGAGCAGCUUCAUGUGAAUGACCUUUCAAAAUUAGAAGCUCUUUGGUUGCAAUGUUUUCAUGACGAUUCAGAUACUUUUCCAUAUGAAGUACUCCAACAGCUUCCCAACAUAGAAAAUCUUGCUGUGAGUUGUAGCUCUUUCAAAGGGAUAUUCUACUCUGAGAGUCCCAACAUGGAUGGUGUCGAAGGAAUUCUUCCUCAUUUAAAAUGUUUGCAAUUGAUUAAGCUGUCUAAACUGAACACCAUUGGGUUAGAGCAUUCAUGGAUGGAUAUCAUUUCUAAAAAUCUUGAGAAGUUACUAAUAGACCAGUGUCAUUGUUUGAAGAGCAUAGUACCAAGCAAGGUAUCGUUCUCCAACCUAAUAGAAUUAAACAUAUCAAAAUGCAAUGGUCUUGUGAGUUUGUUCACACCUUCAACAAGCAGAACUCUGUAUCAGCUGAAGCACAUGUCAGUAAAAGAUUGUGAAUCAUUAGAAGAGAUAGUGUCAGAAGAGUCAUCAGAGAAUGUUGAAGAGGAGAUAAUAGUAUUUUCUGAACUGAAAACUCUGUCCCUUCGCUCUCUACCAAAGCUUGGAAGGUUUUACAAUGGCAACAUUGCCUUAAAAUUCCCAUCAUUGGAAAAAUUCUCACUAAUCAGUUGCCAAAAGAUGGAAAGCUUUUGUGCAGGUGCUGCCAUUGUCAACAGGCGAACAGAAGUUGAAUUUAUGAAGAAUGAAAAAAGUGUUAUUGGAAGUUGAUCUUAACUGUGCUGUACGGAAGGCAUUUGAAGGGACGUUUUAUUAGGCGGAAUCUAAUUCCAUUAAUGAAGUUAGAGACAAAGUGAGGAUACCCACAUGGACAAGACAUUGAUCAUUGAUGAAGAGGAAGGAAUAUUGUCAACUUGACUUCUUUUAUGUUGUUUUUUUUUUUUCAAAAAAAAAUGCUAAAAAAAAUUAAAAAAGAGAAAAAAAAAAGAG